AUGAAAAGUGCGAAGAAUGCCUUGUUUAUGGCUUUUGUAAUUGCCAUAACAAUACAAUUUUCUCAUGGUUGGAUUUAUACUCAUUACAAUCCUCCUUAAACUGAUAUUUUUGGACCUGCCAGUAAGACUUACCUAACUAUGUAAGCGUUCACUGAUUUGAUUUUACAAAACAUGGUUUUUCAUCAGUUUAACCCUGAUUAUAAAAACAUUCCUAUUGCUUCAAUGGAUCGUGCUAUUUCAGGAAUUCCAGUUUAAUUUCAACUUUAUAUGCAUGAAUCUAAGGUUGAUUCUCAAUAAACAACUAUUAAUCAAACAAAUAACACUUAUGUCAUAAAUUGUAAGAAUGUUAGCUUCAAAUUGCACUUGCACUUAACAGUAAAUGGUAAAAUAUUUGACAUUCCUGCUACCACAGACAAUGCUGAAUUCUCAAUUUUCUUCCAACUGCUAUUUAAUGAAUAAGGUCUCAUAUAUGUUAACUCCACUAAAGCCGAAGUUUAGAUUAAUUCAUACAUGAUUCCUGCUGGUUUCUUUGAUGCUGGGCUUGACUAGAAUAUAGCUUUAAUGGAAGUUUAACUCCCUCAUGAAUUUAUGAGAGUUCCUCCAGAUGCUAUCAUGUAUACUAUUAAAUUUUCCUUUGAAAAUUAAUUGACAGAUAUCUUGAGAAGUUGGUUAGCUGAUAUUAGCGUUUAUUCGAAUAUUUCCUUGGAUCGUAACUUUACUUCCUUACCUUAUAUGGCUGGUGAUAAAAUUGUGUUUGAAAGAAACAUGUACUUCUAUAAUAGCUUAGUUCCAAAGGCAAGACCUAACAUUCCUCCUCCAACUGUAUUCCCUAGCAGAGAUAAUCUUUGUCACAAACAAGAAGACACUUUGAUGAUGAAUGAAUACUUUUUCAAUUCCCUUUUCUAUGCUAUGCAUGAUGCGAACAUGCUUUAAUUCACAUUAAACAACAAUAAUUUACCUAUCGAGAGUAAGCAAAAGUUGACUGUUUACUAAAUUGAUAAUCUAAUUCCUGGCCUAAAGCAAAAAUUUAUUUAGGAUUACCCUAUGACUAUAACCUUUAAGACCUUAUCUCAUCCUAUGACUUCUAUUUUAGGCGAAGUUUUCUUGUUUAGAGAACCUAAAGUAAUGACUAAAGUAGAAUUAGAAAUGAAUCUUUUUGUAGAUAUACCCACUUAAGGAUAAGUUUUAAUUGCCGCUUUUCAAAUUGUUAGUCACGUUGAGUUAUCUAUGAGAAUUGAUAUCAACUAACUUUUCCUAUACUUUGAAGGAGUCCAAAUUACGAAUUUCAAGAAGUCCAAGCAAGGUUUUAACGAAAAUGAAAUUUAAAUCGAUGAAAAUAGAGUAAAAAACGCUAUUUAAAGAGUUUUCUUGUAAUCUAUUCCAAGACUUACAAACUUUUUGAUGCUCUCUCAUGGUAUUUAGCUUAUGCCCUUUUAAAAUGUUGAAUUAAUCAAUAGUAAAACUGACAUCGCUCCUAACCAUAUUUCUACCCAAACUGAUCUUUAAAUAUUUUAAAUCACUAAGAAUCCCUUCCAAUCUUUCCCUGCAAUGGUACUCCGAGUAUAAAAUAGAUUUCUUGACAGGCUUAAAGACGAAUUUUUAGAACGUUUAAUUCCCUAGGUAAAAGCAAUUUAUGUUGGUAAUAAAGAAGUUGGUAAUUGGUAAGGCAUAAAAUUUGAAAUAUAAAAUUUUAGAAUUCCUUAAUUUUCUAUUGACAUAGCCAAUACUGAUUUUAGAGGAAAUGAGUAAGGGAAUUUUAAUAUUCACAUUUCUCACUUCAUUAUUGAACCUGUCCUUACUUUUCAUGCUGAAAAAGUGAUAGAUUUUUGGCUUUUCAAAGAAAAAUUAGAAGCAUCUGUUGGGGUUGAUUUAGUUCCUAAAAUUAACGAUUUUGAUGCAAAUGUCAAAAUUGAUUUGGAUUAAAAUGGAUAGAUACAAGCAACACUUCAAAAUAUUAAUAUUAAUUGGGAUUUUAAACUUUAAUUGAAGGUAGGUGGGUUAUUUUAAUGGCUAGCAGAUAUCAUAGAUUGGGUAUUGAAUGACACAUUUGUCCAUAGAAUAUUAGUAGAUAUACUUGCUAGUGUAGUAAAGGAUAGUUUAAAAAAAAUUAUUGAAAAUUAACUAACUUAAGCUCUCUAAAAGAUAUAUUUCAUUAACUUAGGAAAUGGCAUAUCUCUUGAUAUCCAUUAAACUGCAUCUCCAAUAGUUAAUUCUUAAUUUAUUGAAUUUUAAUCCGCUUUUUUCUUUUUCCCAUCUGAUUAAUACGAAAGACCUCCCUUCAGUCAACCAGUUCUCCCAGAUUUCUCUAGCAAUUCUAAUGAUAUUGAAAUGAUGAUCCACGAAUACUCUCUUAACUCUGCUGGUUAUUUUGCAUUUACAUAACGAAAACUCGAUUUGAUUAUUACAUAUGAAAUGUUUUAGAAAUCAGAUAACUUCAAUUUUACAGCUGAAGUUUUUAAGUGGACUCUACCUGCAGUAUAAAGAAAGUUUGGAAAAGAUGCAAAAAUGAAUUUAGGUAUUGAAUCUUUAUUUUAUCCUUCUAUCAAGAUUAAAUCUAAUGAGCUUUCAGCCAGCAUAGCAGUACUUUUAGAUCUCUAAGUAAGAAAACCCCAAUUCGAUUCUGAUGGCAACUAACUAGAAGAUGAACAAAUUACAGUUAUUACAAUCGAUAGCGAACUUGACAUAUCUGCUAAAGUUUAUGAAGAAAAACAAAUUCUUAAAUUCUCCAUUGAGAAUUUUAGCUUUUCAAGGCUUGAAGCUUUUGGAGGUGAAGUUGAACCAGGUAUCAUCUUCAAAAUAUUUGGCCACUCAACAGUUAACAAAAUAUUGAAUAUGGCUAUACCUUUCAUUAACGAAUACUUGUUUGCUAACAAUGGAAUAGAUCUUAACUAAAUACUUGUCUAAAACUUAAAAAUUUCUAAUAUUCAGAUAAGUUUAAAUGAAGGCUUCAUUUAUGUUGGUACUGAUGCUGAUAUUGUCUGA